CUGGAGGAUUGGAGCCAGGACUGAUCUGAUCUGAUCUGGUCUGGUCUGGGGGAGGGGGCUUUAACCUGGUCUCUGUCUGGGUGAAGCUUUCCCUGAGAGGGUAACCAUUUGUCGGGAUAGUUUUGCUUUGCAGAGAGAAUAACCCAUCAACACCUCGUGGAGCUGAGUUAGUGAGAUUACAGGGAGGAUGGUAUGGAUUUGGGAAGUGACUCUUGUAGCCGGGCAAGUUCAGAAUCAAAUUCCAACAAAGUGACGCCAUGUUCCGAGUACAAAUCCUCUCCAAGUCUGGACCUGUCUACACUGGGGGACUAUGAGGAAGACGAGGAUUAUCAGGAGUAUAAAAAGAAGGUGAUCGAAGAAUGGGAGAGCGAGUAUGGCGACUACUCUGAGAACAAUGGCUAUGUCAAAACUAUGAACAGUCGGAGUCUAGCCGAGGAGAUUCAAGAGGUUAAAAUUAUCCCCACGGCGCCUCCUGACACUGUGACUGAAGAACUUAAGCAGAAUGGCAAUGUAGUGCCAAGUAGAGGAAGCAUAAAGGGAAAUAAGACCCUUCCAAAGCCACAGAAGGCACUGCAAAUAACUGGUGGAGGUGGUGGUGUUGGUGUUGGUGGUGGUGGUGGUGGUGGUGUGGCCAAAAUCCCAUUGGAGAGUUUGGGAACGUUUGUACCAGAGGAACCUCAGCUGCCCACCAUGGACUGGGCAGCUCUGGAGAAGCAUCUCGCAGGUUUACAGUUUCAGGAGCAACAAGCACAAAACCAAAACCAGAGCCAAGCAAAAAACAACUUCACAUCAGCUCAAAAGAAUGAAAGGGAAUCAAUCCGACAGAAGUUGGCACUGGGCAGCUUCUUCGAUGAUGGCCCAGGAAUUUACACCAGCUGCAGCAAAAGUGGCAAGCCUAGCCUCUCUUCACGCCUUCAGAGUGGAAUGAAUCUGCAGAUCUGUUUUGUUAAUGAUAGCGGAAGCGACAAAGACAGUGAUGCAGAUGAUAGCAAGACUGAGACUAGUUUGGACACUCCUUUGUCUCCAAUGAGCAAGCAAAGUUCGUCAUACUCCGACAGAGACACCACUGAGGAGGAAUCUGAAUCACUGGAUGACAUGGAUUUCCUUACGAGGCAGAAGAAGUUGCAGGCUGAAGCGAAGAUGGCCCUUGCUAUGGCAAAACCAAUGGCUAAAAUGCAGGUUGAAGUAGAGAAACAGAACAGGAAGAAAUCACCUGUGGCCGACCUAUUGCCUCACAUGCCUCACAUCAGUGAGAACUUAAUGAAGCGGAGUCUGAAACCCACUGACCUGCGAGAUAUGACUAUCGGGCAGCUGCAAGUCAUAGUCAAUGAUUUACACUCCCAGAUUGAGAGUUUAAAUGAAGAGUUGGUCCAACUUCUACUCAUUAGAGAUGAACUACACAUGGAGCAGGAUGCCAUGCUGGUAGACAUAGAAGAUCUUACCAGGCAUGCCGAAAGUCAGCAGAGACACAUGGCAGAGAAAACAGCAGCCAAGUGAGACCGGGAUGAGCAUCCAACAAGCAAUGAGACUGAAGAGGGGGGAAAAGCUAGAUUUUACUUUGCUUCUGUGGUUGUAAAAUGCUGAUACUCAAGAUGGUGCAGUUCAAGAAAAUCAGUGUUAGUCAUUGGUGCUGUUUGAAGCUUUAUGUCCAGUGAUUGGCCCUACGCUUCUUUGAUUUUUUUUUUAAUCGGAUUACAUUUGUCACUGAAUUGUAUCGGGCAUUUCAGUAAAAUGUUGGUAACUGAUAUGCAAUUCUAGUAAUACUGAAACGUUGCAGGAUUGGAGGUACACAAAGUAGUUGAGCUAACUUCUAACUUUGGAUUUUAGUUUUACAGUAUUUUAUCAUGGGCCUCCUUUUUUUUUUAAUUCACCACAGACGGUAGUUUUAAACCAAUAAACUUUAUUUAAAGGUGCUAUUAAAGUCAAAGAGUAUAUGCCUGCCUUGUAGUGAAGUUGUAGCUAUUGGUAAUUAGGUCACUUGAAUCGGUUUUCAACAUUUUGUAAAUGUUGAUUAUCUGACGCAACCAUUUUAAAGUGUGUUAAUAUAAUUUCGUUCAAUUGGAUUCAGAAAUGUUAUCUGGAAAUUUUAUGUACAAAUAUGUAAAAUAAAAUAAUUAAAUUUGUUUCCUAUGA